GCGGAGUUUGGCUGCGCCCUCGAUAUUCAUGCCUGUUGGGCUUCCAGGAGUUGUGGUUAGUGGCACCGGUCUGCAAUUGGCACCGCAAGGCGUUUGGAAGAAGAUCUUGCGGCCGGUUGCUCCGCACUAUGAUGACAAGACCCAUCUCAGGGUCCUUGGAGCAUCAUCGGCGGUUGAAUCACCAGGUGGCCCUCAAGAUAUUCAAGCUGAUAGCAGGCCUGCAGCAGGAGAAGCAAAGGUCAGUGCUCAUGCGAAGGUUCCUGAACUCAGGCAGCCUAAGACUAGCCGGGAAAAUCUGAAGAGAGCUGCGAAAGGCUCCAAUGAGCGGCCGAGCAGUCAAGACGCAUCUCCCAGGCUGAGGCUUCCUGAGACCAAAGCAGAGGAAUGUCGUGCAAGAAGCAUCGUCCCUGGCUGGUUUGGAGGUUUAGCAUCUUCCAGUCGAAACGAGACGGAAGGGGAGAUGAAUUUGUUGGCUUCGGUCUUUGCCGGUCGGCCGCCCGUGGUCUUUUUCGACUACGAUCCCCGAUGCAACGCUGCUCCACGGGACUACAGCAGACUUCUGGACAGAGCAGAAGUGCAGUCAAUGGGCAUCUCUUCUUUGCCUCAGAUGUUCUUUUGCCUUCAGAUCACUCGAGAUGUUCACGAGUACAAUGCUGUUGUCAAUACCUUCAAGUUCGCAGGCUUCGAGCGAGUGAAUGCGGACUCGCCCAAGUUUGCCAUCUAUUGGGGACCUCAUCCAGCACCUGAGAUGCUCCGGGGUUUCAAUCCCUUCCAGCGAGCCAACCAUUUCCCGGGUUCUUGGCAGUUGGGGCGGAAGGACCUUCUGGGCAAGAACAUUUACAGGAUGAAACGGCAGUUUGCCAAGGACUAUAACAUUUUGCCUUCGGGCUUCACGUUGCCGGAAGAAAGCGCAGCCUGGAACCAGGCGAGAGAGAAGAAUCCCAAUUUCUUGUGGAUCUGGAAACCCAUCAACCUGAGUUGCGGCAAAGGCAUCCGCCUCUUUGGAUCUUGGAUUCCACCUGGUGUUGAGAGGAAAAUCUUGCAAAGGGCUGGCAUUGUACAGCGCUACAUCGACCGUCCGUUGUUGAUCAAUGGCUUCAAGUUCGAUCUACGACUCUAUGUUGUUGUCACAUCCUUCGAUCCCUUGAAGGUCUACAUCAAUAGCGAAGGCCUGGUACGACUGGCCACCCAAAAGUACCAGUGCUCUCCAGAUAGUCUGGACGAACGGACGAUGCAUUUGACCAACUAUUCUGUGAACAAACACGCUGCAUGCUACAAGCAAAACUUGGAUAGCAGGGCGAAGGGUCAGGAAGGCCGUGGAAGCAAGGCAGAAGAUCUGGAGGGUGAAGGUGAAGAGGCUGAUGAUGGCGACAUGGGCGAUGACAAUGAAGACCAGGAGGAAGCGAAUAUGGGAGAGUCAUCCAAAUGGUCUUUGAGGCAGUUGGAAGAAUAUCUUACAGCGCAAGGGGUGGACUACGGCGAGCUGAUGUCGCGCAUCGAGGAUGUCAUCAUCAAAACGCUCAUCGCAGCGGAGCCACAAAUCGUCAAUACCUGGCAUCAGGGAGCCAACUUCUCAACUGCGAGCCCAACGCCCAUACAGCAGGUGACCCCAAACCAGACCUGCUUUGAGAUCUACGGUUUCGAUGUGAUGGUGGAUGAUGAGUUGCAGCCAUGGCUGCUGGAAGUCAACGUUUUUCCGUCACUUUCGUCCUCAUCCCCCUAUGACAAGCGCGUGAAGACACAGCUGAUCGCGGAUGUGUUCACUUUGAUUGGUCUAAUGCCCUACGACCACGACGUGGUAGACAAAGCCUGCAAGGGGGAGCAAGCCAAACGACUUCAAGGUUCGGCCAGAAGUCUUGUCAUCGGUCGAUCACACACAGUCUCAAGCAUCAAAUCGGCUUCUUUCAAAAGCUUUGGAGAGGCUGAGUGGCGUUUGAUCUUGGAGACCCACGAAGAGAACAUGAGACGAGGGCAUUUGACCCGCAUCUUCCCACGCGAGGGCAGUGGCUUCUACAAUCAGUUCUUCUCUACGCCUAGGUACUCCAACUUGGUGCUUGAGAGGUGGAUCCAACUGGGUGGGGAGCAGCUGAGGCAGCGGUUCUCUCCCGACGAUGAAGUCAUAGAGCGGGAUGGAUUGCCACUUCCUGUAAGCUUCAGAGCCGUUUAG